AGUGUUUUCGAUUAGAUAAAUCGAAUUGGAAUUGAAUCCACACUUUAGGCGUUAAAUUCAUUUCAUCGGUGUUUCACGAUGCUGCACCUUCUUAUUGAACGGACAGAAGUGUUUUAAGGUGAAUUUGUGUAGCAAUAACUAAGACCAAUAUGAAUAUCAUUCCGGAAUUGUUUGUGAGCCUCAUGUUCUACACCUGUGGAGCUUGGAUGGCACUAAACACCUUUACGCUGGGCGAAAUUUACGACACUGUGAUCCUAUGGCCUGAAUUUGUUGGAAUUAUCAGUGCAUGUUUGGUCGCAAUGGUCCUCUAUGCUGCCCGAGUGAUCAAAAAGAAGAUUGUCUUCCUGCACUUCUAUCUGCUGGCCUGUGGAGCUACUUUACUUGUCGUUUGUGGUGUUUUCUGUGUUAUCAGUGAUCAGAAUCCAACUGUCGCACUAUAUCUCGGCGCUAUAGGUCAUGGUGCGAUAUACAUUGCUGGACUCUGCUACAUCCACUUCCGUGCAUCAUCUCGAAGGGCUUUCAGGAUUUCCCUAUGUCACUUUGUCUACAUCGUAGGCUACACAACUACCGUUCAUGGUAUCUUCAUCUACGACGAAUUAAUCUACACCGUUGGAAACUUCAUUCUCUACAGUGCAGUUUCAGCCGUUGCACUCUUCUUGAUCAAUGAACUUCUUCACGGAUUAGGAGUCUAUGACUACAAGAGGUGCCUCGAUAGUGAACUACAUCUGGCCAAUGAGAAGAAGGAUGGCUUCCAUAGUGCCCUAGAUCCACAAACUCCAAACGGACCAGCGGACUCGAACUACUGGGCUACGAAAUUGAAUGUGGAACCAAUUGUAUUUACACCUCCAAAGAAGAGACGAACACCUCAACAGAAUGUCCUAACGUUGGGCUUUGUUUUGGGAAAGAUCAAGAAUGCCAUGGUCUUCCUCUGGGUCUUAUCGACAUUCGCCAUUCUAACAACGGCCUACAUCGGAAAUGGCCUAGAAUUCGUCUAUCUGUACUUUCUUCUCGGAGGAGUCAUCUUUGGAUGUGUGAUCUCUCUAACAGUAAACGCCAAACAUCUCUACAUUGUCUUCACUUUGGGAUUCAGUAUCUGCCUCCUUACUGCAUCAAGUCUAUUCUCCGUAGAAAACUACGAUCAGUCUGCUGUCUUCUUUUGGCUUUCCUUCUUCUUCCUGGGUUUUGGAUACUUCACUCUGGAUAUUGGCAUUCUCGAUGUAACAAAUCUUCAGUUCACUGAAGUCUCACUAGCAGGAGGAUACUUCAUCCAGUACUUCCUGAUAGCUCUCACAAAAUUCGGUCAUUGGACAUAUGGAGAUGAACUGUUAAAUGCAAAAACUCUCCUUUGGUCAUAUACUGGAUCAUUUAUUGGUGUAUCCAUGAUUCUACUCAUUGUCAUCGCCGUACUCUAUCCGAAAACACUCAACCUAUCCUUGCUCGAUAUACAGUACGCAAUUUUGUACGACGAAGAUAGAUGGAAGGCUAAAAACCAUGAGAUUCUUGCAGUCAGGUCACCAUCGCCAGUGAACACUCAGCCUAAUCCAAGCCUGGAACCCAAUGCUCCAACAGAUGAUCGACCAGCCUUUAUGAGGGCUCAAUCUUUAGGCGAAGGUCCUCCUAAACGCAUGUCCGAAGGACGGGAUUCGUCAAUGUUCCAUCAUCCAUGGUAUCCUCAGCAUCCGCCCAACGCACCCCUGCACACGGCUAACAGUCAAAGUGCUAAUGGACUGGACAAUCCUACCUUCGACUACGGCAGCGUAAAGUCCAGACAGAUUGUUCCAAGAGUGAAUAAGCCCAAUUUGUGACUUGUCAAUUAAUGAUGCAAAUGUUUAAUUAAAUGGCUGUUCUAUUAUUAAAA